AAGUAUUAAAUUUUAAAUUUUGUCUAAACUAAUUAGAUACAAUAUCAUGUUCUAGGUUCAAUAUGAUUUACACAUAAUUAAAUUUUUAAUACUUGUUGUCGACGUUCCUGUACACGUUUUCUACAUGUUACAAUUUAAGAUGUAUAUCUACUACUGGAUCAGCAUGGAAUCUAAUAUUAGAACAAUUUUAUCCAUCCGACUCAAAAGUUACUGCAAAAAUACUAGUAUAUAUAUGUGAUUGGUAUAAACUGAAUUUGGAUAAUGAUGCCCGAGCACAUGCCCUUUGAAGAAUAUACAGAUGCUAGAAAAAGAAUGAAAAAGAUUUUUAAAUUCCUGCCAUAUAUGUCUCUUUGGAUUAUUAUAAGUUCAAGUGUGGAGAUUCUGCAAUUCUCAUUUAUCCGUAUCAAGUUUGUAUCUAUCUGAUUUUAGAAGGUGAUAGAACCAAAACCAAUAGCUGCAAUGUCCAAUUGUUAUGACUUAUGAUCGAUAACUCGUAUUGUUGUUGUGGCCAUAAAUAUCAAUCUUUAUUUUCUUUUGUUGCCAAGGCGAUCACACACCACUUAUCUACUUAUGUUGUUUUUCUGUGCUUGUUUGUUAUUUUCUUGUCUGAAAUCAAGCAAAAGGCAAUUGUACGACGAAUCAUUCUGACCUAUAAGAAUUGAUUAAUUUGACCCUAUGGAAGGGACAAAGAAUUCGUGUAUAUGCAGCGAACAUGUGGAUAAACAUAAUUGACAUAUAUAAUCCUAGCACACAGUUUAGCGGAUUAGACUAUUUCAUCUAAACAAGUAGAGAAUAAUAACUAGUUAUAAAUGAAAUUGUAACGAACAUAUCACCCUCAAUUUGUCAUAAUUUUGCCUAUUGUCCUCAUUUAAAAACCUUUUUUUUAAGUUCAUCUAAAAGUCAAAACAAUAUAAUUAUUAUUACCUUUUGAAGUUUAAUCGGGACAACUCUAUGCUUCUCCUCUCUAAGUAUAUAUAAAACAUAUCCUUCGUAUUUGACAUAUUUUGCGUCUAUAACCUUACGAAAAAAAAGCAUUUGCAAGCAGAAAUCUAAUGCAUCGUGGAUAAAUCUCAGCCGUUAAUAUCUUUCCGGCGUCGCUUCGAAUGAACGAUGACACGCGUCGAGUGUUUUAACCGUCACUGUUGGAUUAUCUUCUUCCACGUGGCAAUCAUCCUACAGAGCAAAGCCAAUGCCCAAUCAUUCUCACCGAGGCCGCCUGAUUUGCAACCGGGUGGUCACACUCCGUCGAAGACCACGGUCUUUACCGUUCUCGUCGCCCUCUUCUUCCUCACCGGAUUACUCUCCGUCUAUAUCCGCCAUUGCACUCGCUCUAACCCCGAUUCCUCCACCAGAUACUUCCGCCGCCGCGCUAACGACAACUUUUCACGGCGAGGCGGACUUGACAACGCCGUCGUCGAAAGCUUCCCUGUUUUCGCUUACUCCACCGUUAAAGAAUCGAAGAUCGGAUCCAAGGAUUUAGAAUGUGCGAUUUGUCUCAACGAAUUGGAAGAUCAUGAAACAGUGCGAUUGCUUCCGAUUUGUAACCAUUUGUUCCAUAUCGAUUGUAUCGACGCUUGGCUUUACUCGCACGCGACUUGCCCUGUUUGCAGAUCUAAUCUCACGGCGAAAUCGGAAAAAUCCUGCGAAGAAGACGACGGUGUUCCGAUAGCAGCGAUGAGAGAUCACGUCGUGAUUGAUAUUGAGACCGUUGCUCAAUCCAAGUAG